AUGAUCUGUUCUGCGAAGCGGAAAGUCCUGGAUGGACUGAAUAAGAGAUAUAUCUACGGUCGCGUGCCUUUAUUGCACACGAUAGUUUUCCUCGUCGAGAUGGCAGUAGCAGCACGCCUCGCUGCUAAAUUUAAUACCUACUAUGCUGAAAGGCCAGUGCUCACGACGAUGGUCACCAACGCUGUGCUUGGUGGUGUUGCCGAUACCGUUGCGCAGCUGAUUACGGCCUUCCGGACCCGCCGGCCUCAGACAAGCGGGGACGACUUCCUUUCAAUAGAGAUCCCCGACAUUGACAAGUACAAGACCCCUGCUGUGGGGGAACUGGGAUAUGUCCGGAGCUCGGUUCCGCCUUUCGAUUUCGAGCGUCUGACAAGAUUCAUGGCUUAUGGCUUUUUUAUGGCGCCGGUGCAGUUCCAGUGGUUCGGAUUCUUGUCCAGGGCAUUCCCGCUCACCAAGAAGAAUCCAACGGCUCCAGCUUUCAAGCGUGUCGCUUUUGACCAGUUCAUUUUUGCGCCAUUUGGUCUGGCGUGCUUUUUUACCUACAUGACGAUCGCCGAGGGUGGUGGUAGAAGGGCAUUGACACACAAGUUCCGUGAUGUCUACCUGCCAACCCUGAAGGCCAACUUUGUGCUCUGGCCGGCAGUGCAGAUUCUAAACUUCCGGGUCAUUCCCAUUCAGUUCCAGAUUCCAUUCGUCUCAACCAUUGGUAUUGCGUGGACCGCAUACCUUUCUCUGACUAACUCCUCCGAGGAGGCUAAUUGAACGCUAUUCAACGCG